AUGGUUGUUGCAGAGUUCACAUUUUGCAAUUUGACCGUCUCUCAUGUUGUUUCGGAAUCAACUACUGUCAGCGAGAUUAUUAGUGUGGUGAAACAAUACUUUCCUUAUGUCCUUGAGGACCUCUUAUUUUUUGAUUACACUGUAGAUGGAAUUUCACAUGUCGUUAAUCACAAUUUGGAAUUGAUGUUUUUCAUUCACUACUGCAUCUCAAAAUGGAUUGAUGUGUGGAAGCUUAACAUCCAGUUUAAGAUUUGCGUUGAUUCUGUUCCUUCUUCUUCUUCUGUUGCUCCUUCUUCAUCAUCAUCAAGUUGUGUUUCAAACAACGAGGUGGCUGUUGUAGAAGACUUGACGAAUGAUUCAUUUUUUAUCAAAAGGGUCCCCAAGAAGUCAGAUGCUUGGGCCAACAUCUUAACCGGAGUAGGGAAAGUUUUUGAAAGUGUUAAAGAUUGUCGUUAUACUAUUAAGAAAUAUGAAGUUCAGAGUGGUUACAAAACUUUCAUACUUAAGAGUGACCAGAAACGAUACAAUGUGGAGUGUAAGAAUCAGGCAAGUGAUAAUUGUUUCUGGAGGUUUCAUGCCUCUCUCGUUGCCAAUACUAAAGGUGUGUUUAAGUGCAAGACGUUUCACGGAGAGCAUUCAUGUGAUUUAGCUCGUUCUGAUCCAUCAAAAGUCAGAAUGACGAAGUCUUUUCUGAAGGGUAUCUUAAUAGAUGAUUAUCGAGCAUCAAAGAAGAAGAAGACUGCAGCUGAUGUCAAAGAUCUGCUCCAUCUGGAAUAUGGUGUUGAUCUCACCGUCGUAAAGUUUGAGUAUGAUGGUGCAACAAAGCAGUUCCAAAAGUUUUUUGUUUCUUUCGAAGCUUCCAUUACUGGUUUCAAUAAUUACUGUCGUCCGAUGUUAUUUAUUGAUUAUACUUUUCUCACUGGAAAGUUUAAGGGUGGUCUUAUGGUUGCUUGCUGGAAAACUGGUAACCAAGAGAUCUAUCCAGCUGCAUUUGGAAUUGUACCUUGCAAAAAUUGUGAGAGUUGGGAAUGGUUCUUAACCAAUUUGAAGGGUAUUAUCAAUGAAGAUCGUCCACUGACCAUCAUAUCAGAUCGUGGAUCUGGUCUUUUGAAGCAUGUCCCUAUUAUCUUCCCAGACACUCACCAUUCCUAUUGUUUGUACCACAUGAAAGGGAAUAUUCCUGUUCCAAAGGGCAAGAGUAGGCAAACUGCUGUGAAGUUGUUUGAAGAGUGCUACACUACGUUAACAAAGGAGAAAUUUUAUGCUGCUGCAAAGACUAUGAGCAAUCUGAAGUUGGAUUCAGUUAUUGAUUGGAUGAUAAAGAUUUCAUUCCAGAACUGGGCUGCUCAUGCAUUUCUAGGAGAAAGAUUUGGUGAGAACACAUUGAACAUUGCUGAGAGUUUUAACAAUGUGAUUAAGCAUGAUAAGCGGCUUCCAGCACUUGAGCAGAACUAUAAGAGUUUAGUGGAAUCUAGUAAGUGGACUGCAAAGCUUACUCCUCGGAUGCAGGCUAGGCUCAACAAGAGAGUGACUGACUGCCGUUUUUACAAGUUCCGAAGAUAA